AGAUUAACAGAGUUGAUAAUAGAUCUGAUGAUAUCACCUUAUCAUGAUUUUCUUUUUAGGAGAGAUAGAAGACAUGUUGAAUCAAGUGAUUUUGAGAAACAACAAUGUCACUAAUCUUUUGAGGAAGCUUCUUCGUGAGCAAAACGAGUUUGUGACAAAGGAAGAGUUGAAGAAGGUGGAGGAGAGGCUUGUCAUCAAAAUUAAAACGAUUCAAAAGAGACUGCUCAACGUUAUACGAGAGAAAGCUUCAGAUCUGCCUGAUUUUUUUGGUCACGAAGAGAUGGCAAACCUCAUCAUCGAUGAUUUGGAAGGACUCUUUCUUGAGAUUGCUGCAAGCUUCAUCCUCGACAAGGAUGCAUGAAGAAGCAGCGAGCUGACUCUCCAGUUUAACCACAGUUACAGGUUUAUGAUCAUGCUUAUAAGUAUAUAGUCAAUAUUUCAGCAACCUUAUCGCCAAAAAGCUUCUUUUGCGGUUUAUAACGUGUGAAAAUACUUCUUCAAUACUAGACUCAAAGGAAAGAUCCAUUUACUUAGUGUGUUUGUUGACUGAUUGUUC